AUGGCCGCUGUUCGAUUCAUCCCUUUGUUUUUCAUCCUUUUUUCAACCCUUUGUUUCUCUCAAUCCGAUGAAGAAGCUUUAAUAAAACUCAAGAAAUCAUUCAUAGGUGGUAAUUUGGAUAAUUGGGUAUUGGGUUCGGGUGCUUGUGAGAAGAAAUGGGUUGGUGUUAUGUGUUCUGGUGAUAAUGUUACCGGUCUUCAUUUAGCCGAUAUGCAACUUACGGGUGAAGUCGAUAUUCAAGCUUUGCUUCAAAUUCGUGGGUUAAAAGCUAUUAGUUUGAUAAACAAUUCCUUCACCGGAGAUAUACCAGAUUUGCAUAAACUCACUAAUUUAAGAGCUAUUUAUUUGUCUAAGAACAAAUUUUCCGGCUCCAUCCCCGAUAAUUAUUUUGACAAAAUGGGUUUAUUGAAGAAAGUUUGGUUGGAUGAUAAUCAAUUUAGUGGGCGAAUCCCUGAUUCUUUAUGUCAACUCCCUAAUUUAAUGGAGUUACAUUUAGAAUUGAAUCAAUUUUCGGGUCAGAUCCCACCGUUGAUAUAUCCCGCUAUGGUUCGUGAUCUUAAUUUAUCGAAAAAUAAUCUCGAAGGUGAAAUCCCAGAAAGUUACAUGCAAUUCAAUGCUACUUCAUUUGAAGGGAACCCCGGGCUUUGUGGUAGUAUACUGGGGAAAGAAUGUGAAAAUGGUGAUAACAAAUCGGGUCAAAAACAAGAAUCCGCCUCGAGUCCAUCGGAAGGAAUAGACCGGUCGGGUUCGGGUUCUAACUCAAAGGUACUCGCUAUUUCAAUCGGAAGUGUUGUCGCCGUUGUGUUUCUGGUAAUAAUCGUCGUUUUAGCAAGGAAACGAAGAAGGGAAGAUGAAUUUAGUAUCUUAAGUAAAGAACCAUUCAAAGAAGAGGUUUUACCAGUGAAAGUACCGGAAGCUGAAUCGACUACACGGCGGAAACCAUCGGAAUCGAGCCGCCGGAGUAGGUCUUCAAAGAAAGGGUCGUCGCAUGGAGGGAGCUCCGGUGUGACGGAUUUGGUUAUGGUGAACGAAGAGAAGGGUGAGUUUGGGAUGCAGGAUUUGAUGAAAGCGGCGGCGGAAGUGCUCGGUAACGGUGGGUUAGGGUCGGCGUAUAAGGCGGUGAUGUCGAAUGGAUUGGCUGUGGUGGUUAAAAGGAUGAAAGAAAUGAAUCGGCUAGGGAAAGAGGCGUUCGACGUUGAGAUGCGGCGGUUGGGGAAAUUAAGGCAGCCUAAUAUAUUAACACCAUUGGCGUACCAUUUUAGAAGAGAAGAAAAGCUUAUUGUUUCUGAAUAUAUGCCCAAAGGAAGCUUGUUAUACGUAUUGCAUGGUGAUCGAGGGAUAAUACACGCAAACCUAAACUGGCCAACAAGAUUAAAGAUCAUCAAAGGUAUCGCACAAGGACUAGAUUUCAUCCACACAGAAUUCGCAACAUACGAGGUUCCACACGGCAACCUUAAAUCCAGCAACAUCCUUUUAACUGAAAAUUACGACCCAUUACUCAGUGAUUUCGCUUUUCAACCAAUGGCAAACCCUAACCUUAUCAACCAAGGUUUAUUCGCUUACAGAUCACCCGAAUAUGUCCGAUCCCAACAAAUCUCCGCCAAAUCCGAUAUUUAUUGUCUGGGUAUCGUAAUCCUUGAAAUCAUUACCGGAAAAUUCCCAGCACAAUACCUGAAUAACGCAAAAGGUGGGAUCGACAUUGUUCAAUGGGUUCAAACAUCAAUAGCUGAUAAUCAAGUUGAAGAUUUAAUUGAUCCAGAGAUAUCGCACGGUUCAAAUUCAAUUGAUCAAAUGGUUAAACUUUUACGUAUUGGUGCUGGUUGCACUGAAAGUAAUCCAGAUAAACGGUUAGGGAUGAAAGAAGUGAUUGACAAGAUAAAUGAGGUAAAUGUUUAAAAUUUGUUUGUUGUUGGUGGUAAAAAGAGGGUUCAAUUCUUCUCCUAGUCCUUGUAACUCUUUAGACUUUUGAA